AGUUACGGAUUCGGCCGUGAGUUACGGAGGUCCGCGAGUGAUGACCAACGAUGACUGAUGAAAAUGUUCGAUAAGUUAAUGGAAAUAAGGAAUCUCUGACGGUAAUUAUUAUACUAUCGUGGUGAUAAGGAAAACUCUCGAGUCAUGCUGGAUUGGAUGUUGUUUGUCUAACGUGCUCAGAUCGCGUGCGCGAAUAUCCUUAGAAUAGAAUGGAAAAUGUUGUUUUAAAAUUCAUAGAAAGUAGAAGUAGUAUGCUAAUAAAUCACGGAAUAAGUUGACGUUCACAUUCAGCCUACGUGAUUUUAAUGAGAAGCACCUGAUUAGUUUAUCUUGCGACGUGCGUUAUCCUGUAUAAAGUAUAUUUUGCUGAUUACGAAAUCAUUUUAAGCCAUAUUUGGUGUCUACAAUACAAUGGCGACCGAAGAGCAGAAUGUUUUUCGAGUGGGAUCUCGAAAAAGUGAAUUGGCUUUAAUUCAGACAGAAUAUGUCAUAAAAUGUCUGAAGGACCUCAACCCCGACAAGGAGUUCAAGAUAGUUACGAUGAGCACCAAAGGAGAUAAAAUACUAAAUAUCUCAUUGCCAAAAAUAGGAGAAAAAUCUCUGUUCACAGAAGAGCUGGAAAAUGCUCUGGAAAAUAACAGAGUCGACUUUUUAGUUCAUUCCUUGAAAGAUUUGCCAACUACGUUAAGGGAAGGCUUGGCUUUGGGUGCAAUCCUAGAACGCGAAGAUCCUCGUGAUGCAGUAGUAAUGUCCAAAGCCUUCAGUGCCUUUACAUUAGAUACGUUGCCACCUGGUAGUGUUAUAGGUACAAGUUCACUCCGUAGAUCUGCAUAUCUAGCUAGAAACAUGCCACACUUGAAAGUAGAAAACAUUAGAGGAAAUCUGAACACAAGAUUUAAAAAGUUGGACGACGAGAAAGGAGCUUACGCUGCUAUAAUUUUAGCAGUUGCAGGAUUAAAAAGGAUGGGUUUGGAAAACAGAAUAAGCCAGUAUUUGGACUCAGAGGAGACACUGUAUUGUGUUGGCCAAGGAGCUUUAGCUGUCGAGUGCAGAGAAGUAGAUCCAAGAGUUUUAUCUCUCUUAGAACCCUUAAAUCACUUCCAUACAACGUUAAGAUGUGUAGCAGAAAGAUCAUUCUUAAAAUAUUUAGGUGGUGGUUGUUCUGCACCAGUUGGUGUUUCAAGUACUUUGGAAAAUAAAGAAUUAAAAAUCACAGGUGCAGUCCUGUCAUUAAAUGGAAAAGUGCUGAUCAAAGACACCCUAAAAUGUAAAUUGUAUAUGCCCAGUGAUGAUGGAGAACCACCUAAAAAGUGCCCUUACAGAGAACCCAGAACUUAUUGUGGUACUGUACCAGGCAACAUGAAUGCCAUCAGUCUCUUUGGUGCUGAACAACUAGGCAAGGACAUUGCAGAGAGUUUGAUAAAACAGAAUGCAUUGGAAGUAAUGAUGGAAGCAAGAAAUGAAAUCCAUAGUACAGUUUAGAACAAAUUGAUAUAUUUUAAGGGUGGGGGUUUAUUAUUGCAUAUUAUAUAUGUAAAAAGUGUUUAUACUCUCUAUAACUGUGUAUAAAAUGAACUAUUACGGAGGUUUUAUUGUUUAGUCUUGUUAUAUUUUAAGUUGAUAUAUUGUAAGUUACCAAAUUAUAAAUAUUGUAUAUUUAUCUAAAUUUCAAAGAAAUAAAAAUCCUUUUUUGCAUUUAAAA